AUGGCUUCAAAGCUCUACUCUCUUGUAACCCUUUCAUCAAUAUUGUUUCUCACCAUCUUCUCUUUGCUUACCUCUCCAUCUCUAGCUGUAGAUGUUCUUCUAAACACUCCUCUUUCAUCAGAAACCAUAUGCAACUCCACACCACACCCUUCUUACUGUAAAUCUGUCCUCCCUCGCAAAAGCGCCAACGUCUAUGACUUCGGCCGCUUUUCAGUCCAGCAGUCACUUGUUCAAUCCAAAAUUCUUUUGGAUUUGCUCGAAAAAUAUCUCAGUGGCCGGCGUUCUAGUCUAACCUUACCCGCAAUCCAAGCCCUAGAGGAUUGUCACUUCCUUGCUUCGUUAAACAUUGAUUUCUUGUCACAAGCCAUUGGUACCGUCGGAGAGACUAGUAAUGUUCUUCCAAGCUCAGAUGCUGACGAUGUCCAAACCUUGCUCAGUGCCAUUUUAACCAACCAGCAAACUUGUGCUGAUGGCCUUAAUUCUUUGGCCACUGUCCACAACGAUCUCAUAGUCCCACUCUCUAAUGGUACAAAUUUGUACAGUGUCUCUUUAGCUUUGUUUACAAAGGGUUGGGUGCCAAAGGGUGGCAAAAAUAAUGUGACACCAGGUCAAUCCUACAGGCAUCUCAAUUUCAGGAAGGGGCGAUUGUCACUGAAAAUGUCGAGCAAAGUGCGUGCAGUUUACGAUUCAGUUAUAAAUCGAAGAAGGCACCUUCUUCAGGCCGGAGAUGAAGAAGUUGUGGUGAAGGACAUUGUGGUUGUGAGCCAAGAUGGAACCGGAAACUUCACUACCAUCAAUGAUGCUAUCAAUGCUGCACCUAAUAACUCCGUUGCUAGUGAUGGUUACUUCUUGGUAUAUAUCACUGCUGGUGUUUAUCAAGAGUACGUUUCGAUUUCAUCAAAAAAGAAGUACUUGCUUAUGAUUGGAGAUGGUAUCAACCAGACAAUCAUCACAGGAAACCACAGCGUCGGAGACGGAUGGACUACUUUCAACUCUCCCACUUUUGCUGUGGCGGCUCAAGGAUUUGUAGCAGUAAACAUUACUUUUCAAAACAAGGCCGGACCAAGCAAGGGGCAGGCAGUGGCAGUUAGAAACGAUGGCGAUUUGUCGGUUUUCUAUAGCUGCAGCUUUGAAGCCUACCAAGACACCUUAUACACACAUUCCAUGAGACAAUUCUACAGAGAAUGUGAUAUCUAUGGAACUGUUGAUUUCAUAUUCGGCAAUGCUGCUGUUGCUUUCCAAAACUGCAACAUCUACCCCCGUCGUCCCCUCCAAGGCCAAUCAAAUACCAUCACUGCUCAAGGGCGGACCGACGUGAAUCAGAAUACCGGGAUUUCAAUCCAGAAUUGCACAGUUACAGCGGCAGCUGAUCUCGCUUCGAGUACUUUUACUGUCAAGAACUAUCUGGGGAGGCCAUGGAAGGAAUACUCGAGGACAAUUUUCAUGCAGGGUUUCAUCGAUAGUUUCAUAGAUCCUGCAGGUUGGCUUGCGUGGAAUGGAGACUUUGCACUGAGCACAUUGUAUUAUGCUGAGUAUAAUAAUAGUGGACCUGGAUCAAACACUAACAACAGAGUUACAUGGCCUGGUUACCAUGUCAUCGGUGCAACUGAGGCCGCCAACUUUACAGUCUCCAACUUCAUAUUGGGGGAUAAUUGGCUGCCUCAGACAGGAGUGCCUUACACUGGUGGCUUAAUUUGA